AAGCGAGAUCCGCAAAUGUCAACACAGCGAGGAUCCAAUGAAUUAGACAAGAAAUUAACAUACGCGAUAAAAUGUGAUAAUGUAGUCCUUGUUGAACAACUUUUGAAAGAAGGUGCAGAUGUGUGGUCCAGAGACGAGAAUGGUGUAAGUCCCCUACAUUUUGCUUGUGAAAGUGGAAAUUUAGAUAUCGUAAAAUUAUUACUUCUCAAUGGCCAUGCUUGGAAUGCCAUCGAUAUUGAUGGUGUAACUGCCGGGGAGUACGCUAAACGCAACGGCCAUGAUAUCGUUUAUGAGCAGCUUCUCGAAGAAGGAUGUAGAGCAGAGUUAAUACUUGGACUACUUGAUACAAAAGAAAAAAACAGUCAAUGUUCGAAUUUCGAUUAUCUGUCUCAACCGCUUAAGUUUUCAGAAGAUGGCACAAAGUUAUUAGAUUAUGAAAAUAAUGGUGUUAUGAUGGGAUGGGAAAUGCCUUUAAUGGAAAAACAUGCUGAAAUAAUAUGCACUAGAGAGGAUCUUGACAUUCUAAACGUUGGAUUUGGUCUUGGACUUGUUGACACUGCCAUCCAAAAAUAUAAACCGCGUACACAUACAAUUAUUGAAGCUCAUCCAGAUGUUUAUAAGCACAUGCUGGAUAAAGGCUGGGAUAAAAAGCCUGGUGUAAAAGUCAUUUUCGGACGAUGGCAAGAUUCACUAGAUCAACUUGAAGUUUACGAUGGUAUAUUCUUUGACACUUUUGGUGAAUUAUAUGAAGAUUUUCGGGAGUUCAAUAAUGAACUUCCUAAUUUCCUUAAGCCAGAAGGAAUAUAUUCAUUUUUCAAUGGUUUGGGAGCCACUAAUUCCUUUUUUCAUGAUGUUUACUGUAGAAUAGCAGAAAUGCAUCUAGCCAGCGUGGGAUUUCAAACAAAAUUUAUAGAGAUUCCUAUCGAUCUAUCUAGUGAAAAAAUUUGGGAAGGUGUUAAAAGGCGAUAUUGGACAUUAAAUACUUAUAGAUUGCCUAUAUGUCGAUUUUUAACAGAAUAA